CAUUCUUCAACAUAUCCAAAUAGUUCUAGCGCUUAUAUUCUUUUUGCAAGAGUCCGAGCCACUCACUUUUCGAAAGCCUUACCAUUCUUUACCCGUUUACCAUCCUUUGUACCUUCAACUUACUUCAAGCGUCCCCCUCUUUUCGAGUGGAUCAUUAGCCUUUGCUUUUUCAUCGCUUCAUUGCACACCAGUCCAAUUUUAUAUUCAAAAGACAGUUCUCGCAUUCACAUCUCCAUUUCAUCAUGGUCAUGUCAAUCUUAACAUUGGUUCCUUUCAUCUGGAUCGCCGCCCUCACCUUGCCUUCUGAGGCCCGAACCUUACCCACAUCGGUCAAAUUGCACCGGCGUUUCACAUUCGUGGCACAUGCUCCACCUCAAGACUGGUCAACCGACUCUUUGGAGGAUUAUGACCAAUACCAUUUCCGAUUUUUAUCGAUUGGGUGUCAUCAAAAGAAGACCAUCGAUGACAAAUUUUUUGAAGCAUGCUGUCACCCCCGCAUGAAAUCUGAUGAUCUCUCCAAGAUCCCAGUCCAAUGUCACCUAUCUCCACAGAGCAUGCUCGCUGCCCACAACUAUAUCUUGAAGUCCACCAACUACCGAGGUGAAAUCAGCUCUGGCGUCGGAACACCAGUAUAUGUCACCAACGGUACCGUAGAGCCUAUGAAGCCCACUGAGAACCGCUCUGCUUCUGAGCCUCCCACGCCUGACCAGCUCAAGGAUCUCUUACAAGCCCAAAAGAAAGUUCAAAUUCUCAACGAGCAAUACAAGAGCCAAGGAAACGGCACCUCAUCAGCACUGGCAGCCCCUGUCGUUACAGACCAUUCGACUCAAGAUAUGUCGUCCAGUGAAAACAGCUCUUCCCAAGACAUGUCUCCCAGCGACAACAGUUCUUCGAAGAUGGCAACAGCACCUACAGUUUCGAAGGCUCUCCUCAAAGAUGCCACCAAUGUACCCAUUUCCAACUUGACUUCUCAGACUGAGAAGGCCACCGACGCAGUCGCCAAACAAGUAUCUGACGAUGCCGCCGCUCAGAAAGCCGCUGCUGAGGCUGCUGCCAAGAAACUCGCUGACGAUGCCGCCUCUCAGCAAGCUGCCGCUGCCGCUGCCGCCCAAAAAGCCGCUAGCGAUGCCGCCGCCAAGAAAGCUGCCGACGAUGCCGCUACUGCCUCAAAGCAAAAAUCUGACGACGCUUCCACAAAAAAAUCUUCAGAUGACUCAGCCUCUACCCAGCACGAUGCCAGUUCAGCCGGUAGCUUAUCAGGUGUUUCACAAGUCUUCGGUUCAGAUGGUGACGCAAAGGGUACAUACUUUUACCAGGAAGGAGCAGCUGGUGCUUGUGGAAAUGUCAACUCCGACAACACUCCGCUGGUUGCUUUACCUACAGACAUGUAUGCGGAAGGAAAACAUUGUGGCAAACAAGUCAUGAUCAAAAACACCGCCAAUGGUAAAACCGUCAUUGCCAAAGUCCAAGACAUGUGUCCUGGGUGUCCAUCUUCCACAUCUCUCGAUCUUUCUACCGGUGCAUACGAUGCCCUCGGAUCUCAAGCUACUGGUGUAUUACCCAUCCAAUGGGGCUUUGUUCAAUCAUAGGUUCCACAACCCAUAAAACCAACUUACUUUACUUCUUCCUUUUCGUCUUAUACAUAUCCGUUGACCGAAGCUUAUUAGCACAAUAACACAAUUGUAACAUACUUCUCCCUUGCGGUGAAAGUUUUUUUGGCUUGAUGUUCGCCAUUACACUUAUCAUUUUAUAUAUAUACCUCCGCUGGUGGUUUUCUCACUUAUCAUUCUCAUCUUCUCAUAUAACCUGGUUGUGUGUAUUAGAAUCAAUUUUCUUUUAUCAUUCUCAUCUUAUCUUUUUUUGGUUUUAUCGUUUGUGGUCCUUUUGAUGAUUUGUUCAGAGUAGUAGACCUCACCUGACUAUAAUUUCGCUUGAUCUGGUUGUAUCAGUUUUCAGUACCUUGAAAUUCACAUCGUUCUGUGGAUUUUCUUGUAACAUUUUUUGACGCAAGUGUUUACUUCGC